AUGGAACUUGUGGAUAGUAUUGCUUCAUUACGUUCUGUAAGGACAUUAUUUUUAACAUCUACUCAUAUUAUUUUUAUUGAUCCAGAAGGAAAACGAGAAACUUGGAUACUUCAUUCUUUUAUAUCAUCUGUUGAUAAAUUACCAAUAACACAGCAAGGAUGUCCGUUACGUAUUCGUACAAAACAUUUUUUUUCUGCUGAAUUUAUUAUUUCAAAAGAACGUGAUUGUACUGAUUUACAUGCUACAUUAAUUCAAUUAAAACCAGAUACUUAUGAAAACUUAUAUUGUUUUCUUUAUCAAGCUCCAAGUUAUCUUGAAAAAAUUUGGGAUCCAUUUUUAUUAGCUACAGAAUAUAUGAGAAUGGGUGUACCAAAUCAGGAUUGGAAAGUUGAAGAUAGUAAUAGUAAUUUUGAUCUAUGUGAUACAUAUCCACCAUUGAUUUAUGUACCAACAUCAACAACAAAAGCAAUGUUAAUUGGUAGUGCAAAAUUUCGAAGUCGAGGUCGAUUACCUGUUCUCACCUAUUUACAUCCAAAUGGAGCAUCGAUAACACGUUGUUCACAACCAUUAUCAGGUUUUAGUGCACGUUGUCUUGAAGAUGAACAACUUCUUCAAUGUAUACUUAAGACAAAUUCACAAUCAAAUACAAUGUAUAUUAUUGAUACAAGACCACGUAUUAAUGCAGUAGCAAAUCGUGCAGCAGGUAAAGGUUAUGAAAAUGAAGUUUAUUAUUCAAAUAUGCAAUUUAAAUUUUGUCCAAUUGAAAAUAUACAUAUAAUGCGUAAUAGUUUACAAAAAUUACUUGAAGUAUGUGAAAUGAAAAAUCCAUCAAUGAAUCAAUAUUUAAAUGCACUUGAUAAUUCAUCAUGGUUACAACAUAUUAAAGCUGUUAUAGAUGCUGCUAUAUUUAUUGCUCGAGCUAUUGAUAUUGAAAAGAAAAAUGUUCUUGUUCAUUGUUCAGAUGGUUGGGAUCGUACAGCACAAUGUUGUUCAUUAUCUUCACUUCUUCUUUGUCCAUAUUAUCGAUCAAUUCAUGGAUUUCGUAUGUUAAUUGAAAAAGAAUGGCUUUCAUUUGGACAUAAAUUUUCUGAUCGAUGUGGACAUUUAAGAACGAAUGAGAAUAAAGAACAAUCACCUGUUUUUCUUCAGUUUAUUGAAGCUGUUUGGCAAUUAAGUCAAAUAUAUCCAACAGCAUUUGAAUUUAAUGAACGUUUUCUUAUAUCAUUACAUGAUCAUUCACAUUCAUGUCAAUAUGGAAAUUUUAUAGGAAAUUGUGAAAAAGAUCGACUUGAUUUAGGUAUUAAAGAACGAACAUAUUCAUAUUGGAAUUAUAUUUUACAAAAUGUAAAUGAUUUUAAAAAUCCAUUAUUUCGUCCACAAUCAUCAUAUGCAAGUGAAGUUCUUUUACCAAUAGUUUAUCCACAAACAUUAAAAUUUUGGUUAAAUAUGUAUCAUCGAUUUGAUAGUGGAGUUUUACAAAAAGAAACUAUUCCAAAUACAUUAACACAUCUUGUUGAUCAUACAAUAGCACUUAAUGAUCAUGCACGAUUAUUAGAAAAACGUAUUCGAGAACUUCGUUUAAUACUUGAAAAUGGAAUAAUAACACCAAUAUCUAAUGAAGAUAUAAAUGAAAAUCAUAAUAUAAUAUCAUUUAUUGAACAUGAUAGUGGUUUAAGUGAAAAUGAAUUAAAUCAAACAACAGGAGGUGAAUCUAAUCAAAUAAUAUUAACUAAAUUUCUUCAACCAUUAAAUUCAUCAUCUGAUAUUGAAAGUGGUAUUAGUAGUAGUGAUUAUUCACCUAAGAAUAAAAUUUUUACAUCAUCAUUUACUCUUCAACAUCAAUUAAAUUCCGAAAAUAAUGAUAUACCAACAUUAGAACGUAUUUCAUUUGAACUUAAUUCAAUUGCACUUGAUUGGCGUUCAUAUCAUGCACCUUUUCAUUGUACUUGUUCAUUACCAUUUGAUUCGGCACAAAGAAAAUAUAAUUGUUGGCGAUGUGGUGAAAAUUUUUGUAUACGUUGUAUUGAACAUGGUAUUCGUUUACCUGGUCUUUAUAGUAAUAAUUUAGUACCAGUAUGUAAAACAUGUGUACGUACAAUAAAAUUAUCACCAUUAUUUGUUGAUUAUAUAAUAUCAAAAAAAUCUAAAUAUCAAAAUCAAACUGAAAUAAAAUUAUCAACAUCAAUCAUUGAUCAGAAAUAA